UUGUCAGGAGAUACGUCUUUAUGUAUUAUCGUUAAUUUAAGCUUUUCUGCUGAGACAUAGGAUGUAAAACAUAUGCUAACGUUAGACAUUGAAUAAAGGCUACAGCUGUCAUGGGAUUGAUUGGUGGUGACUCGGAGACGGAAAAAGAGACUUGGUGUGUUGAAGGCAGUGAUGAUGAGAAGUAUGACCCUACAAAAUCAGGAAAAGGUGUAUGGGAACCUAAACCUGAAGACAUUUUGAAAAUGUUUGAGAAAAUUGAAAAAGAAAAAGUUCUAGAAUUAAGUUGGAAAUGUCCUGGUCGACGACCACCAAAGGGGACAGAAGAAGAGGAUAUGGAUGCCACCCAGGAUCCUAGCAUUGAGGUGGAGCCGGAGGAAGCAGAAGAGGAACCAAAGCCACAACAGCCAACUGAAUUUGACUUUGAGGAAGAUGAAUUUGAUACUACCACCAAAGUGACUCCCAGGAGAACACCAGGUGUGAAGACACCAAAAUCUCAGAAAAAGGUAGCCCGAAUGGACAAAGUGUUACAAGACAUAAUGAUGCAGCGCAUACAAAAUGCAGCAGAAAAACAAGCCAGACGUCAAGGACGUAGCCCAGGUAGCAUCCCCAGUGGUCGGGUUAGAAUGGGAAUGUCUCCAGGGUCAGGAGGUCACAGAUCCCCAGGGUCUUCUCCAGCCUCUUCACCAGCUCCUGUUAGACCUGGUUCCUCCCCAAGUUUGGGCAUGAGACCAACAAGACCAACUGCAAACACACCUACACGACCCCCCAUGGAUACUGGGUCAACUACACCUGUUCGGUCCAUGCCCGCUACAGAAAUUUGCCAGACUCCACAAUCUUGGUCUACAUCCAACUCAAAUGCCAAUAUAACCCCACCUGCUAUAGCUAAACCUAACAAAGACUUUGGAAAUCCUCCUAUUGGAAUUCCUCAAGGGAAUGUUCCCCAGACAUCAUAUGGUUCUGUGAUGACAUCGUCUGUGAUGUCUCCUGUACCUGCUGAUAACAUACCAAUAAGUCCUCUGACAGCCACUCCCACUGGCCAGAGGGCAGCAACAGACACAGUAAUGAGUGGUGCUAGAGACCCACCACCACUUCCCCCGCCUCCUCCACCUCCUCCUCCUGCCGAGGGAAGUGGUGUGUGAUGGGUGAUUUUUCAGAUGUUCUAGUUUAAACUCUGAGGACUGCAAGACAGAAAGGUGUAAUCUUUUUGUUAAGAAAUAAAACUUAGUGUAGGUAGGAUCAACUCAACUACAUGGUCAGUAUUUUACAGGGAAGUUGUUCAGUUCAAACUUUACGAUAUUUCAUCAUUGAGACAGAUACACUUGUGGAGUAUCUUGUGUGUGCAGGUAUAAUUUAGUAGGUAUGUUUGCAAUACAUCUUGCUUUCACAAACAGAUUGACUUGAUAAAAAAGUUUACAAUGUACAGUACUAAGUUUAUAAAAGGUCUGAAGUAAAUUUUACUUGUAUUUUAAACAUAAUGAUGAAAAAAAACCAAAACCAAUGUUCAUUGUGAAACUAGUUAACAAGACAUCAGUAAUCUUGAGGUUUAAUGUCCAUUCUUUCAGUCCGUCAUAAAACAUGGAUUCGUACACUAAAAUAAUACUUCGGUUAUUGAGUGUGUCCACUGAAUAAUGGUACAAUCAUUUAAUAAAUAUAUACCUGUAUAUGUGUGGUACAUACUUUAAUAUAAAGUGUACACUAGGUACAGUGUAUUCAUUGUUAUCCUAGUUAUAUUACUGUUCCAAAACUUGAAGUUAUUCAACUGUGAUCUGGAAGACAGGAAAUAUUGGCCUCAUGUACUAUAUAUACUAAUAUAUUACUCUAUUCAGAGAAUGCCGCAUAUUGUAGAUAAAUAUUAGUUUAAUCUCCACAACAAGAUGAAUCUGUGUAUUUUGUAGUGAGUUGUAUCACAUUGCCAUAUUUUGCAUAUUAACUGUCAGAUCUAUGUAUUGAGCAUGAGCGUCCCAAUCCAUGAUGCUCCUUUAGUCUGUUCAAAGAGGUUUGCACCCAUCAAUUAACCUAGCACACAUUGUAAUAUUAUGUAUGCUCUUCAUAAAAAAAAUGUCAAGGUAUUCAUGUAAUCAUGUGGCAUGAGUUAUAGCCCUUAGAUCAUGAUGUGAGAAAAAAAGGGUUCCUUACGCGUUUUAUAAAUAAUUAUUAACGUUAAUUUUGCUAGAUAUUUUGAAAUAAUUUAUUACUGAACAUAUUAAACUAGAGACAACUUUUAAACAUU